AUGGAGACACUGCAAACUUCGGAUGACCAACCGGCUGUUGCUCCGGCGGCGGCAGGACCGGCUCGCUUGCUCGCAAGAUCGCUGUCCGCCGAUCCUGACUUGAACCCGGAGACAACUUCCAUGCUGAAUUUGCUCUCUGCCUGGUGCAUCGGCUUGCUGAUUGCGGUGGAAGGAACUUUGUCAGUCCCUUCCUUGCUUGGCUACGUGGAGUCUCUUGGGGGUGACAAGCAUGUCUAUGGGCUUUGUGCUGGCUGCUUCUCAAUGGCUCGUCUUCUUUGCAUGGGCUUCUACGGCUUUUGGGUGGACCGCAGGCCAUACAAGGAGGUCUUCGCUGUUAGCUUAGGGGCUUCGAUUUUUGCCAGCCUUCUCUACGCAGCAGCCCCAUCGCUUGGCUUGUGGGCCCUCUUGGCCUCCAGAGCAGCGCUGGGUGCAACGGCCGCUCAGGGAGUUGCGACGCAAGCGUUCAUUGCUCGGAACACCUCCCUGGCCGAUCGCACACACUACAUGGGCAUUUUCGUGCUCGUGGCCAACACACUGACACUGGCUGGUCCCGCUCUGAACCUUUUCAUUGUAUGGCUGCCUCACUUUACUUUGCACCUGGGGCCGAUCUCCUUGGUUUUUGACAACUUCACCUGGGUUGGCUACUUUUUGAUGCUGCUGCAGCUCCUGGCUUUGCUCUUCGUCCUGCGUGCUUUCCAAGAACCACUGCGCCGGCCUCCCGCCCCGCCACCGCAUUUGGGGCCCGUAGGCGAGUGCCUCACCCUUGGGGGCUUGCUUCCUUACAUGCGGCUCUUUGUCGACCCGUGGCUUCACAAGACAGGGGCCUGGUUCGUCUUCAUCCUUAAUUUCCGAAAUGCAUUUACCAUGUGCGCCAUCAACUUCGCCGUGCCCGUCAUCACAAGCCGGGACUAUGGAUGGACGCAGCUGCACAACUCCUACGUCUUUGUAGCUCUCUCUUUGGAGUCCAUCAUUUCCACUGCAAUCCUGCAGAGGGCUAGCAAACGGUUCAACGACCGAAACUUGAUGUCUACGUGGGCGUUAAUAAGCCACACAGGGCUCCUGGCCUAUGCAAGCCUGACAAGCUUUGGUGUCUCCUCGCUGCCUGUGGCAACGUUUAUCUCCAGUUUAGUGUGGUAUGAUUUCGGAUCGAGUAUGCCCCCAACACAGUCGCUGUACUCGAAGCUGAUUGGCAAGGGCAAUGCUGGAUUGUACUUUUCGGUCCUUCAGAGCAACACCUCCCUUGCCAAUGCCAUUUCAGGACAGUUGGUUGGUUUGGCUUAUGGCAGCUGGGGGGCACCAGCGCUCUGGGGCUUUGUCCAAGUAAUGUGGCUGGCCAGCUGGAUCAUGCUCUUCUUCAUGUGGAACCGACUGCAUCCAGAUUACAUCAGAGAGAUGCACAUGAAGCUGCACUACGAGCCAGAUCCUCCGUCCGUUUCCCUCCAGGGGGCCUGA